UAUAUAUAUAUAUAUUCUGGAGCACCACUGACCUGGAAGAGGCAAGAUGCCAGACUGAGAACUCCAAAUGUUCAAUUUCUCUCCCUUUUUCUUUAAAGAGAAAGAUGCAUUAAUCUUUGCUUUUAGCUUUUUUCUCUAUAGGCUCAAGUGAAAAAUGGUUCUGAAAUUAUUGCUGCAACGCUAGGUCCAUUAACUUGAGAUGGAGCCCUAUGGGACUCUGUAGAAUAAUCAGUCUGACUAUUUCCUUGUUGCUCAUUGCCUCAACCUUCAUUCCUGUCCAUCCUUUUCACACCUUCCUUCCUUCCCUGGAUUCUGUUCCUCUAUUUCUAUUCCUAUCAAUUUCCUGGGGGGUUUGUUUCUGUUCUGUUUUGGGGGGAUUUCACCUCCCCACUAAUCUGUCUCCUGUCCCCACCUUUCAGCUCAAGCUCUAAUACCUGGAAUACAAAGGUCCAUUCAGAGAUGCUCCAGUGACAAGUAUUUUGUCCUGAAACUGUGUCAUCUGCUCCUUGAAUAGAAGCCAGUUCGUCCUAAGAAAUAGAAAAAGAGAUUCUUACCUCAGAAUCAUACAGGCAUCCAAGGUAUUCCACACCAACACAUGAUGAGCCUAGAGGUAGCAACGUUUCUCUUACACAGACACAGGAUUCCUUUUCUGUGUCUUUACUUGUUCUAAUCUUAUAGAUAAUGAACAGGGAAAUUUCAUGGAAAACCAAAGCUACCAAGGAGAAUUCAUCUUGCUGGGAAUGGCUGACCGGCCACACUUGGAGAUGUUGCUGUUUGCCCUUGUUCUUGUCUGCUACAUGAUGACCCUUUUGGGCAACACAACUAUCAUUGUGGUCUCAAGACUAGAUCCAGGGCUCCAUACCCCCAUGUAUUUCUUUCUCGGCAACCUUUCCUUCAUUGACCUCUGCUUCACCACCAGCCUUGGACCCCAUAUGCUGGUGACCUUCUGGAGAAAAAGCAAGACUAUCACUUAUGGUGGCUGUGUGGCUGAAUUGUAUAACUCUCUUGCUCUGGGCUCCACAGAGUGUAUUUUGUUGGCUGUCAUGGCCUAUGAUCGUUAUGCCGCCAUCUGCCAUCCACUGCGCUACACUACCAUUAUGAACCACUCUCUGUGUUUCAUGAUGGUGGCUGUCACCUGGAUAAGCAGCUUCAGUAUCUCACUAGUUCAUACAGUGAUGACUCUUAGGCUUCCUCUGUGUGGACGGAAUCAGGUAGAUCAUUUCUUUUGUGAGCUCCCAGCCUUUCUUAAAUUGGCUUGUGUUGACACUUCACUUAAUGAGGUUGUGAUAUUUUCUACUAGCGUGGUGUUCCUCCUAAUUCCAGUUAGUCUCAUCAUGGUCUCCUAUGGCUAUAUAGCCUCUGCGGUGCUGAGGAUUCGUUCAGCUGAGGGAAGGAAGAAGGCCUUCAACACUUGUUCCUCCCACUUGAUGGUGGUCUGGCUCUUCUAUGGCACAGCCAUCUUCAAUUAUUUUCAACCCCCAUCCAACUAUUCCCAUGAUCAAGGCAAGAUGAUUUCCCUUUUCUAUACUUUUGUCACCACCAUGCUUAAUCCACUGAUCUAUACUCUGAGGAACAAAGACGUACAUAAAGCUCUCCAAAGACUAAUGAAGAAGAACUAAACCCAUGGAUUGAAGCAUCCAAAGCAUCUGCAUUUCAAGAUUCCCCACAGGAGUGGUCUUUGUUAUUUUUGCAGUACUUUUGAUUCUACCUUUCCCUCUCUCUCUUUGUUCAUAACAAAUGUGCAAUACAUCUUGGUACCACAGCAGUACUCAAAAUUAAUAAAUUAAAGAGUAUACAAACUUCAGAACUUCUUUUCUGAAAUGUGUUUAGCUUGCUGUGGAUAAGACGCUAUUAUCUUGUGUCAACUCUGUCCCUUUAUGUUUCAGAAGUUUCAUUCCCAUUUGAAAAACGCACCUUCUGAAGUUCUUGCAAUUUCAUUUUAAUAAGAACUUGAGCUAAUUAUAUUAUUCCACUGUAGCAAAUCCAGUCUGCAUUGUUUCUUUGCUAGACCAAUUCCUGUCUGCAUUUCCCUCCUUCUUAGACACUCCUAAUUUCUGAACCUUAGAGAAGUGUUUGCUCAUGAUUUUUUUUCCUUAUGAGAGCAGUCCCCAACUUUCCAUUUAUAUAGACUUUGAUAUUGUCGUGAUGGGUUUUAAGGACUAUUACAUAAUCCAGAGUCACCAAUGCAGUCUUCGGGGAUUCCCUAUAUACAAAUGGAAUGGAUGGAAUGGAAUGGAUGGAAACUAAUCAAGGCGAGAAGCAACCUGGAACUUGUGUGAAUAAUUAACCAGUGGAACAACCUCCAGAAGCGGUGAA